AAUCGAAUUCAUAAAAUAUAAACAAAGCACGCAUAUUCCGCGAAAUGCUGUUCGAUACAGUUGGUGAACGUUAGUAAAGUUGUAGCAGAAAAUUUUCAACUUUGUUAUUCUCAUAGAAACUAAAAUUGUGGAGGCGAUGUCACCGAAGGAGGAAAGAUGCACGAUGUGCGGCACGCUGGAAACAACGAAAUGGCACAUGCUGGACGACAAAUCUGUUUGUGCCGAUUGUCACGAUGUUCAGCUAAAUCCUUCGUACGAACCGCACGGCGAACGAUCGCCCGAAAGGUUGCCUACGGGCAACAUGCCUGAGCAGCAGGAAAAUGAUGAACUGUUGCACGAAGACGAUAUGGAGUUGCCAGCAGAGCAUGCCACGAUGCUCCCAUGCACUCCGGAAAAAAUGGACGCCAAGAAGCCACAUUCGGGCGAUGAACACGUGGAUGUGGAGCAGAGUGGAGAUUUAAACAAUGCAGACGAGCAGGACGAACUGCACGAAACCAUCACGACCCUCGGCAUGUUUUCACCGCGACGCUUGCGGCACCGUGUUUGUCCGGUUCCGGAACCGGUACGGCGUGGAUCGAAAAAGAACGGCCGAAAUUGUCAAGGUUCGCGAUCGAAAUCGAGACGAACGCUCACGAAAAAGGUGGCCAUUAAAUCGCCCCGCGAGACAGCAUCGACCAAAACCGUUUCGAAGGUGCAUGAUGACAACACCUGGUACCAGCUCGGGGACAUUGUAUCGAUGGUCGAUGCAGAGGACAAUACCUAUUACGCUCAAAUUCGGGGACUGCUGGUGGACGCACACAACGAGAAGAGUGCAGUUUUGACUUGGUUGCUUCCUACGACGGCCAGCCCUCCACCGAACGAGGCAUUUGAUCCGGCCACGUAUCUGGCAGGACCGGAUGAGGAUUUACCACGGCGGCUUACUUAUAUGAAGUUUGUUAUGCACGCCCCGAGCAACUAUUAUCUGGAUCGUACCAAUCCAUACCCGCGUCCGGAGUGUUACGGGCCGUCGAACACAACUCAGUCCGAUAACCGUAACUACGUGUGGACCAGUAUCACGAGUCGUUAGCGAUAAUUGCGAUUCCGGUGCAGUCUAGUAGGUAGGAAUAUCUACUGAUCGUAUUUUUAAAUUAGUGCAUAAGAGCAGUUAAUAGCAUUAAACAGCAUCGAUUGAGAAUUUUCUAUAA